AUGUGUUUGGACCAUUGCGUGCUAGGCGCGCUGUGGCUUCUGCCUGGUCGAUGCCCAGGCUUGGGUCGACGCCGAGCUGUGUUCCAUCUCAAGAUUCACGAAAUAAUCUCUGCCUUCGUGCUUUUCCGUCCUAGUGUACUUCUUCUCUUCAACUACUUGAGAACUGGAUAUUUAGAACGGGAGUUUGCGGAAGCCAAUGGGGACGCCAGAGACAGAGCGAAUGCGGCUGCGGACACUGGAGAUGGAGUCACGGUUGGCAGGGCGCUGCUGAGUGGGAGUUGCAUUAUUGUUGCGUCCACGGGGGUGGCCUGGUUCAAACAUAACGCGCUGAGGAAUUUGAUGCUCAACCUGGGAUGA